UCCCGCGAAUUGUCCAGGGCACGUGAUGCUUUUACGAUAAGGCAAGAAAGUGAACUAGGUCAACUUCUACAUCCGGUGUAAACAAACGUCUUGUUUCGUUUUCAAAAGUGGUAAAUAUACACUGCAUACUGUAUUCAUAAGUUAUGUUUGUGUCUGGUAAAGCAGCCUUGAUAACUGGGUCAACCAGUGGGAUCGGACAAGCUACAGCCAAACUUCUAGCAGCAAAUGGAUGCUCAGUCAUAGUAACAGGGUCAAGGUCAGAAGAGAAGGCCAGAGAAGCUCUGCAGGAUAUUAAAAGCACGGCUGUUGGCAAGGUGCAUUUUAUUCAGUGUGAUCUUCGGGAGGCUAAAAAUGUUGAAGAUUUAUGUAACAGAGCAGACCAAUUAUUUCCAGAGGGCAUCGAUAUUCUAGUGAAUAAUGCCGGACUUCAGCAUGUAGCUCCUGUCGAUGAGAUGCCUCUUGAUAAGUGGAACGAUUUGAUACAAGUAAAUCUGACGACGCCGUUUAUGCUUAGUAAACAUGCGGUAGCAUCAAUGAAGAAGAAAGGCUGGGGAAGAAUUAUCAACAUCUCGUCCGUCCAAGCAAUGAUGGCUCACUCCAACAAAACUCCUUACAUAUCAUCGAAGACUGGACUGGUGGGACUAACGCGGGGCGUAGCUAUGGACACUGCUACUUUUGGAAUAACCUGCAAUGCUUUAUGUCCGGCAUGGACUGAUACACCCCUUGUAGCUCCUCAGGUGAAAUUGUUGGCAGAGAAAUCGGGCAAGUCACUGGAGGAGGCUAAGCAUGAUUUGUUCACAAAUGCCACACCGACCGGUAAAGUAAAUAAACCCUCCCAGAUAGCUAAUAUGAUUCUGUUUCUGUGUUCUCCGGACGCCGAUAAUAUGACGGGGACAUCUAUUCCCAUGGAUGGAGGAAUGACAGUGCAAUAAUUCAAUAAUUUAAAUUACACUCAAUAAAAUUUUUUAUAAACUAUAGUAUCAAA